AUGCUCUCGAGAACAUAUAGGCUUAAUCUACGCCAAGCGAUCGGGUCAGCAAGAGGGGCAGCUGCGUGUACAUGGUCGCGGCGACCCCAGUCAUCCUUGCCGAAGUUUGACGCCUCGCGAACGUUCCAACUCACACAGUCUCCCUCGCCGGAGUGGGAUCUUGGUCAGGGCAUUUCCCCUGCGUCCCCGCUCGCCAAAGAGUGGAAUGAAGCCGAGAAGCUAGGGUGGAAGUCGUGCACUCUGAGCGACAUGCCGGGAAGGUACCUGACUGAAGGUCUCUCUAAUCUGAGCUGA